GCUUGCAGGAGUGUUCAAACAACUCUUCCACCUCUCUCUGAGGCUGAAGGUGUCCAAGCGGUGGAAGACCUCCUUCAUUGUUCCGGUGCCUAUAGCACAUCCCAGCUCUCUCAAUGAUUAGGCCAGUGGUGCUGAUCUCUCACAUCGUGAAGGCCUUCAAGAGACUGGUUCUGCAGCACCUUAGGACCCAGGUGUGUGACUGACUCCAUGGACCCACAGCAGUUUGCGUACCAGGCCCAGACCCCAUCAGGGGGAUCAUCUACCCACCACCAUGUCUAGACCCAAUCAGGGGGGUCAUAUCCAUAGUCACCACCAUCAGGUCUAGACCCCAUCAGGAGGAUCAUCUCCUUCAUACUGUAUGGAUCCAUCCCAUGAAGAGUCAUUUAUGUCUAAUCGCUAAAUGUGUUCAAUAAAUGUAAUGGUUCAUUUGAACACCAGUCCCUCCUGGCUGGAUAAAGCGAACAACAUCAUUUCCUUCAGAUUUUUUACAAGUGCACACUUCAUGGUGAACACCUCUGUGUCUAAAGGUCACACCUCUACCUCCUGUAACUCCGCCUCCUGAGGACGCACCUGUCCUCCCGUAGCUCCGCCUCCUGAGGACGCACCUGACCUGGAGUAGCUCCGCCUCCUGAUAUCGCACCUGUACUGCCGUAGCUCCGGCUCCUGAGGACGCACCUUGCCUGCCGUAGCUCCGCCUCCUGAGGACGCACCUGUCCCGCCGCUCCUCGCUCUGCAUUCUGCACGGUAGGGCUCUCGACGCAAUUACGCUCACACACAGUUCCCGGCUCGGUGUUGUGGUGCCACCAUGUCAGAGUGGCUGGAUUACCUGAACGACUCGACCCUCGUCGCUCGCUUCCAGAGACAAUGCGGGCUCGUUCUGUCCGACGCCGGCCCCCGGGACAGCGGGGGGAGCACGGGGAAGGACCACCCGCUGCGAUCCGUCACACAGCGGGCCGGUAUGACACAUGGAAACGUGUCCGAGAACUUGCAUCCGCAGAAUUCUCCCGAACAUAACCAAAAGAUGAACGGAUACAAAGGGAAUGAACACGGCGGGGUCAGGCCUCGGUACGAGGUGAGGAACUGGCCUCUCUACGUCCUCUUCCUGCUGUCGGCGGCGCUGGGACACGAGGUCUUCUACAUCACUGUACUGCCCGGCGUCCACUGGCACCUCGACCCCUUCCUCUGCAGACGGCUGGUCAACACCUGGACCCUGGUGAUGUACGUGGGCCAGGUGCUGAAGGACCUGCUGAAGCUGCCUCGCCCUCUGUCGCCCCCGGUGGUCAAACUGGAGAUGCGCGUCGACGCAGAGUACGGCCUUCCCUCCACGCACGCUAUGGCCGCCACAGCCAUUGCCUUCACCCUCCUGCUCAGCGCCACCUCAAGGAUCCAGUUCCAGUUUGAAGUGGGCCUGAUUGUUGCAGUGGUCCUGUCCUCUCUGGUGUGUCUGAGCCGUCUCUACACCGGCAUGCACUCACUUCUGGACGUCCUGUGUGGAGUGUGGCUGUCGGCGGGCCUCAUGCUCCUCACCUACCCCUACUGGGAGGCCUUCGACCGCUUCCAGCUGACCAGCCCCCUCUCCCCCCCGGUGCUGGUUGCCCUGCCCCUGUUCCUGAGCUACAACUACCCCCAGCUGGACCACUACAGCCCCACGCGCGCCGACACCACCACCAUCCUGGGCGUGGCGGCCGGCUGCUCCGUGGGCUACUGGACCAAUGCGCAGCUGGGCGUGACCUUUGAGCCCCCCCACGGGGCGCUGCCUGUGGCCCUGCCGCCGCUGACGGCCGGGGCGCUGGCAGCGGGGCUGGCCCGCUACUUGGUGGGCGCAGCGGUGUUGCUGGCCACGCGGUGGGCCGUGCGGGCAGCCAGCCUGAGGGCGCUGUUUGCCUGGUACAGCGUGGAGCCCGGCGACGCCCCCAGCGCCGCCCGCCGGAGGGAGAUCGAGGUGCCAUCAAAGUUCCUGACGUACUCGGUGGUGGGGCUGGUGAACGCCGUGCUGGUGAACCGACUCUUCCUCCUACUGGGGAUCUUGUGACCACCAGAACCACCUGUGACCUCAUAUCCAGGACGCUGAGGGUGAUACCGGUCACUCGUCCAACGCUACACAAUAGAGAUCCUGAGACACUGCUAGACCCUGCUUACAUAACUUUAUACCCACUCAUCAUGACACAAUGGCCCAAUCCCAAUGUCUGGACUCACAGACUUUGCUGCGCCUUCUCGCGAAAUUAUUAAGGCUAGAGCUGUCCCAAUGUCGAAUUCCAAAGGGCGUGAGGGUUUGAGUCCACACUUACCGAGCCCUUUCCGUGAGUCUGCAUCACUGCAAACUUCACCUAAGGGAAUUACCCACAGGUCAAAGUGUUGUGAUGUUUACCACAGGGACCAUAGGGAAAUCCGGAAAUUAGGAAGGUAAACAACAAGACGAAGCUACUGUCAAUGCGCAACCAGAUGGGAAUUUCUGUGUUUUUUUUAGUGAGCCGGAUCAUUUGGAUCAGCUCACCAACAAGAGCCGGCUCUUUUGGCUCCCAAGCGGCUCAUCAUAUUACUUAAACCUUUUAUAAUUCAGCCAAAUGUAGCCCGUUCUGACUUAUGAUUAGUAUGUGUAGGCCAAUAAUCACCUAAUUUCAUACAUCCUUUAUACUGAUGUAUUCAAAAGUAAAAAUUAUAUUUUCUAAUAUCAAUAAAUUGCUGUAGCCGAUUGUUUUCAUUGCAUUUAAAAAAAAAAAUAAUAAUUAAAUGAGAAUUCAGCAGCAUCUUUGUCAUUAAACGUUGCCAAGGUAACAUGUGCCCUCGUGAAUUGCUGUCCCAAUCCCAUAUAUACCUAUCUGAGCCCAUGUGGCCUCACGCACUCACUCACUUAGCACCUGAGAUCAAUUGAGUCUGUGAGUCCCGUGAGUCCAAGGACUGGAAAACCAGUCCGAUGGUGAAGCAUUCCCGGCCGUCUGUUGGCCUGACUGGUUGGUAAAGAGCCGAUGUUUAGCCCUGCUGCUCUGCUCAGACUAAACACACAGCAACAGGGCCUGUUGAUACGCUGUUCUGGAACAGCAUGUUGAAACAUGACCAACAUGUUGAUAAAUGACCAACAUGCUCUGUACUGGAGCAGCAUGUUGAUGAUCCAUGACCAACAUGCGGCAGGUGCUGAACACUCAUACAGAUUUUUACACACAUAUUUUGACCUCUUUAUUUACUUUUUUAUUGUUGCUAUGUGGCCGUUUAGAAACCCAGCGUAAUAAUUGUGCUCUUGUGUACUUGUACAAUAAGAUGUAAUAAAAGUAAUUAUGAUUCUG